AUGGAGGAGUCUACCGAUAAUGAUAGCACCUGGCGAGCUUCUGAACUGGACCUAGGCCAUGGCACCCCCUCAGAGUCUGCACCGGCCGUUUCUAGCGGGACACGAAUUCGUAGUCGUUCUGACAGAAUUCUGAAACUGUUGAAAACAGUUUUGACAUCCUUCAGCCUUGGAUUUGAGGACCUCCCUUCUGAGGCCCGACAAGCAUACAUACGCUUCCAGCAGAACCAGGAUUUCCGCGAAUUCGGUGCUACACUCAAUCACUUGCUUGUAGAAGAAAGGCUAGACGGAUUAAUGCGGCAAUCCCCUGCCUUCUUGGAGGCUGCCGUUGAAUUGGUCGGCAGCAGACAUCCCCAGUUGGGCCUCAAAGAACGUCUUGACGAGCUCGAGGGUCGCAAGAGGGAAGACUCGUUGAAAAGACAGUCCAAUCGCUCAGACAAAAACAGACGUCGUGCCAAAAAGGAGGCUCGACGUGGCGACGAGACUAGGUCAGACGACGAUAAUUCAGAUCGUCCUUUAAAUGCAAGGUUGGCAAAAACACUAACCACGAAAAAACCUCGGAUUCGUCGGAAGAAAGGUCGGAAGGCCCAGAAGGGCCAGGCAGAAGGUCAGACUCGACUCGGGACAGGCGCUCAGUACAGCUUGCCCAAAGCCCCUACUAUCAUUGUGUCGGAUGAAAACACGGGCAAUGAAGAAGGCCAGAAUGCUCCUGUCAACACACCGGUUUUACCUGGGUUUGUCAUUAGCACUCGGACAGGCUCUAAAAAUCGAGACGGGGUCAACCCCAGAAUCGAAGAGAUGCGGAAUAGACAGGGCCAGGGAACAACUCGAUCUAAGAACACGAUGGAGCUUACCCACCCUGACUUCCAUCUUUAUCCUUACAAGGGAUGGAAGGUUGAGCAACCUACAGUUCUUCUUCAUCGAGCCAGGAACUUUCUCGCUGACGAGGACAUCGACCGAACUUUGGACUGGAGCCAGAAGUUCGCGGAACUAUCCGAGUAUUUCUCAUACCUCCUUCACAACUGGCAAGGCGAGGAAUGGGGCGCCGAGCUACAUGAGGUCAUUGACAUGCUUCACACGCAUUGGGUGUAUGAGCAGUAUCAUUACGGCGCGCCCAAGCUCAACCUCAAUUUCAACAAUGUAUGGCCGAAGCAAAGCAAGAGGCUACCUCCUAUUCCAGGCACAGAUUGCCCCGUUGAGAAUUUGGACGGAGCGGAGGAUGGCGACUUGGGCGAGAGAAAGCUGCUCCUCAACAAAAUCUGCCCAGCCAUUGAUGUCCACUACAAGGUACCCUCGAAAGCACUGCCGAAGUACAUUGAACUUUACACUGCCGAUGCCCCUCAUACUUGGCGAGUUCCGUUCGAGUCCAUCUCUCCUAGUCAGGGAUUGAUGAACCUGGAGAAUGACAUGUAUGAAAAGUGUGUAUUCUCAAACAUGUCCGACACCUGCAAGGGCCUCGAAACAGCCGAAGCCAAAUUCAAAUCAGAGUACGGCAAAGAGCCUUUUGGCUUUGAGACACUUGAGGCGUUCGCCGCGCUUCGUGGAACUCGACGUGCAGCCCUUCAACAGACCCUGAGCCCUCUGAAUAAUGCCGAGAAUCUUGCAGUCUGCAAUAUCUUCCGUACACUUAUCCUACCCCCAGCCAAGAUCCCAGAAAAACCAGAUGCAGGUAUCAUUCUUCCUACUAUGCAGGUUGCCGAGGUCCCUCAGAAGGAGUCUCGGGACCCCUUUGGCUAUACUCUAGCGCACAGGUGGUACAUGAGAGCAGACCAGCACUGGGGAGACUGGGCGUACGAGCACGCUGUCAAAGAAUGCCAUGGCCACAGGUUGUGGGAGGAACGCAAAGAGCCCAUUAUGGAUCUUCCUAGGAAUUUCAAGGGACCUUAUGUUCACGACUUUUUGGAUCAUGAAAUGAAAAAGGCGGUGUUACUGUUGAAAAUGUGCGAAGUCCUACGGGAUCGGUUGUUGUUGCAGAAAAAACGAACGCCGCGGAGUUUCUUGACAGAUGUUUCCCAGUGCCUAGCUGAUGGGAUGGCAGGAAAACAUUGGGAAGACGCUGGCCUAAAGUUCCCUGAAGAAGACUUCGUACCUGGCUCUCGAGACUUGGUUCACAUUAGACCUGAGGAAGAGGACCUUUUGCGAUUGCUGGGCCAAAAUUCCAUCAACAAAAAGACGGUGGACCCCAAAACCAAGGGGUUCAAGGUCGGUCAUCGUUCUAGGCUAUUUGAAAAGAGAGUCAAGGAGAUGUUUUAUGGAGAAGGCACGAAAAAUGUCCACAAGAUUGGCUUUGAUGAGUUCAUGGAAGAACUCAACCGGGAUUGUGAUGGCCCAGUAAAGUGUUGGAGAUUUUCAGAAGAUGAGGCUUGGAAGGAAAUUUCUAUACUCCAAAAGAAUGGAGUCAUCGUAUCACAUGGACGAACGGUGCACCGCACUGAGGCCGAUCUUCACCCCGAGCAACUUGUCAGGUGGCUCGACACAGACAAGGACCUGGGUGCAUUCGUACAAGAUCAGGACAAAGUCAGCUCCAAGGAACCCACAAAGGAUGCUGAGGUCAGUCACGAAAAUGAUGAGAUUGAAACAAUCUCAACGGCCAUCAGCAUCCCUGAGUCAAAGACCCCUGGAGAUUAUCUGUUCGGACUACCCAGAACUGAACAUCUUCGCAAUUAUGAAGAUCUUGUGGACAUUGACAUUGACACUCUUGAACAAGAUAUGCGCAAAACUAAACGAUUCUACACCCGACUCUGCUUCCGACUUGGAAGAACCAUCCACGACCUCCAAGCCAAGCGGGAGACAUACAGGCAACAGCUCACUGUCGACCAGCGAGAGCAGAACCGUGACUUCCUAGAUUUUGUCGUGCGACUGUGGGAUUCCGAUGCCGCUUGUCGACCGAACAACAAGGAGAAGAACCCGAAGAAGGGUGAUGUCAAGCGUAUUACACCAGCAUACCAAGAUAUCAUCAAGAUAGUUGAGCCAGAAGCUUACGACACACGCUGGGACCAGUACGUUCUCAGCAAGGAUCAUCAUGAGGACGACCUCCUGAAUCGCGAGAAAAUUCGAAAAGGAAUUAUUCGCGAGGCGUAUGAGAACAAGAGCAUGAUUUUCCCAAGCCGCAUUGAUCGCUAUACCGAUGAGGACGGCCUGACGGUUGAACUACCCCGUCGCCAUGAGCCAGUGUGGUCUUUUGCACACCCUGAACGAAAAGGCAAGGCACCACGAUACUGGGACAUGAACCGCUGGCCACUUCAUCUUCAGAGCGAAUCGACGGCGGAGAGAAUCAGAUCAGGGAACUUCCAUGAGGACGCUCGAGCGAUAUUUUCGUCCGCUAUUGUCACGCCUUCAGACUCUCCUACUACGCCAGCUGUACAAAAGACAAGCCAAGAAGUAGAUGAAGAAGUAGAUGAAGAAUUGAACGAGGAAGAGGAAGAGGAUGAAGAUACUGCAGUAUCUGGAAUCUCAGAACAGGAGGCAGACACAUCAGAACACCAAGGUAAAACUAUCCCCGGAAUUGGGAAAGAGUUUGCCGUGACGUAUGCAGACGUGGCAGAGUCUCGUCGCACUUUUACACCUGGGCCACCCCAUUACUUCCUCGGCAGCACUCCCCUACAGAAGAAGUAUAUUGAGAACCGUAUCAAGAGCGGGAUCGCAUCAGUAGAGCCGCCCAGCUUUACCUGGCGUCAGCGCUUGGGAGCUCUGUUUGGCCGCAGAAUCGUCAAUGACCCGACGGCUCUGCCAGAAGUGAACCCUCGCGACAUCCCUGAGAGCAAACCACGAAGUGAAAACUCCGACGACGAAUCCGAAGAGGACAUGCCUGGUGUUAUGGAAAAUGACGAUAUUGACGUCGUGAUGGAAGAACUGGUGACACAGCAGCCACAUCGGAAUGAUCAUGAGCUUCCAGAAGCACCGUCGCCAAUGGUUCCGUCCUUCCCUCAUUCUUCUAAUGAGGCCCCUGCAGAGUCUACUCCCGCAGUUGUUCAGGGUGGAAGUCGUCUGGCUGGGCAGGAGAGUGAGCGAGAACCCCCUAGGCCGCUGUCACGAGGACGACGAGGGCGAUCCCGUCAUCUGGAAACUCAACAGCUUCACUUGACGAUAGAAGAGCCGGAAUCAGAGCCCUCUGUUGUGUACACACAAGAAGAAAUGCCAGAUUCAAGUCACAGGGCUCUUUAUGAUUCGGACUGA